GUAGCGUAAUUAUCCAACGCGGAAGUGUUUGGACUAAAAGCAGUUUAAUCGCAUGAUUCUCCUAGCUCUUCCCAAAGCGAUGUUUUUUCGCAACGUUUCCAAAGAGGUGCUUGCCGGCUCUCUUACUCUUGGGGCCGUUUUUGUUACCGGUUAUUUGCUGGGAAAAAAGAAAUCUUCCAGAAUGAGCAUCACCAAAAGCCACUGUGGGGACAACCCACUGAUGCAGUACGUCCUCAAUCACUCCUUGAGGGAGCAUCCGGUCCUGAAAAAACUCAGACUGAGGACAAUGGAGGACUCCUGGAACAUCAUGAUGGUCGCCUGUGAGCAGUCGCAGUUCAUGGCCAAUUUGGCGAGACUAAUAAAAGCCAAAAAGGCGUUAGAGAUCGGAGUUUACACAGGCUACAACACACUGAGCAUAGCACUGGCCUUGCCUGACGAUGGAGUCGUGGUUGCAUGUGACAUCAGUGAAGAGUACACCAACAUCGGCAAACCCUUCUGGAAAGAGGCUGGAGUCGAGCAGAAAAUCGAUCUUCGCAUUCAGCCGGCACUGAAAACUCUAGACGAUCUCCUAUCUUCUGGCCAGGCCGAAACAUUUGACUUUGCCUUCAUCGACGCAGACAAAGUCAACUACAACAGCUAUUUCGAAAAGUCUCUGCAGCUGUUGAGAAAAGGAGGCGUCAUCGCCAUCGACAACGUGCUGUGGGGAGGGAAGGUGGUGAACCCGUCCCCGGACGAUGCCGACACCGUGGCCAUCGACAAGCUGAACAAGAAGCUGCUCAGCGAUACGAGGAUAACCCUGAGCAUGCUCACGGUGGGAGACGGGCUGACUCUGGCUACCAAACUAUAAGACGGAAAGCUGCCACGAUUGAUAAACUUUGUACUCUAGCAACACUGAGACACUGCGAGUCAUUUUGAAGUUAGUGUAUAAGUGAUUAUGGCGGUGGAGGUUCAUUUACACAACACCAUUUUUUAAUGUAAUUUCAAUUCUAACUACUAAGAAACUGUAAUUACUAGUUUACGGCUCAGUGCAGAAUUUUGAAUUACAGUGGAUGAGUUUGAUUAAAAAAAAAAAUAAAGUACA